AUGGCUCGCUCCAUCUUCACCUUUGCCAGCACUCGACGCUUCUUCUCUGACCGAGAGGACGUGUGGAAUGGAGUGGCUCUUCGCCUGGCCAAAGGAGAUUAUGCAGUCUGUCCGCCCACGGAUCCACGUCUCGAUGACUGGACCGCUGCUAUAGCCGUGCUCAAUUGCGAGGCAGCCAUCACUAUCACGUCGACAGUCGUCGCUGGCGUCUUGCACUUCCUCCCCGUGGACGUCACUGAAGUGGCUCUCAGCCCUACAGAGCGAGUUCAAGUCGUGCAAUCGACGGCCGAUCUGGUCAAGGCUCGUAAGGCUCAAGGCGCGGCCUUCAUUCAGGGUGAAGACCGCCUAGUCGUCUGGGCUGACAAGGUUGCCGACCUCGCUGCAAAGGCCGAAGCAAUUGACGUCAAGAUGGUUCAGUACAUCUGGCUACUCGCCACGGGCAAGAGCAUCAACCUGCCGUCCAUGGCACCACGAAUCAACUGCGCCUCUCCUUCAGAGCGUACGUCCGUUUACGCACCGCCAUUGGAAGAGGCAAAGAACCACAGGCAGUCAGGUUCGGUGGACGAGAAAGACGACUUUGCGGACGACGACCUUGAAGCAUCAGCAGCGCCUGCCGAACGCAAGACCCUGCUUCUAGCCCCUAUCAUCCACGGCCUUGGCGCUGCGUUGAACCUCGUUCUCCAGGGUAACCUCAUCCGCAUCCUCUUGCUCGAGUCGGGUCAAGACCACCAGUGGAUGCGACUUGCCCUCGCUGCCAUUGUGCCGGCAAUUCUUGCUAUCUCUCUCUUCUUUACGGAGAACAUCAUCGGCGGCCUGUUUCAAAUCUUUGGGCCCAUCAAGCAGAUGUCAGCGAACACGCGCUACUACUCUGGUAAAGCGCCCAAACGGAUCAAGUCAGGUCCGCUCCCGCACAUUACCAUCCAGAUGCCUGUCUACAAGGAGAGCCUCGAAGAGGUCCUGAUUCCUACCAUCGAAUCUCUCAACGUUGCCAUCUCGACUUAUGAGCUUCAAGGUGGUACGGCGUCCAUCCUAGUCUCGGAAGACGGCCUGCUUGUUGUCUCGGAAGAAGAGAGAGAGAAGCGCCUCGACUACUACGAGCGCCAGCAGAUCGCCUGGGUCGCACGACCGGGCCACAAUGUUGAUGGCUACGUGCGCAAAGGUCGCUUCAAAAAGGCGUCCAAUCUCAACUUCACCUGUCUCAUCUCGCUGCACGUCGAGGAGCUCAUGGACGAGCGCCGACCUCAAUUUGGACAAGACGAGAUCUGGACCGAUGAGGACGAGUCACGACUCUACGACGAGUGUUUCGCCAUUGCACUGGCUGCAGCUCAUCCCUUGGCGAAAGGUGCCGGCAAUGUGCGAAUUGGCGAGUUGAUCUUGAUGAUUGACUGCGAUACGCGGGUACCACGCGACUGUUUCCUCGACGCAGCCUCGGAAAUGGCGCAGUCGCCUGAUGUCGCCAUCCUUCAGCACUGCUCCGGCGUCAUGGAAGUCACCAAGGACAACUACUUUGAGGCCGGUAUCGCCUUCUUCACCAGGACUGUCAACUUUGCGAUCUCCUUUGUGGUCAGCAAUGGCGAUUUGGCACCUUUCAUGGGGCACAAUGCCUUUCUCCGCUGGUCGGCACUGCAAGAAGCCGCAGAAGUCGACCCGGACGACGGCGUGCGCAAGAUCUGGGCAGAGACGACCGUCUCGGAAGACUUUGAAAUCACGUUGCGCCUCUUGAUGAAGAAGUACAUCAUCCGAUGGGCGACAUAUUCGGACUGCGAAUUCAAGGAAGGCGUCUCCUUGACGUGCGACGACGAAUUGAACAGGUGGCAAAAGUACGCAUUCGGCGUAUCUGAGCUGGUGUUUCGCCCACUCAAGUACUGGUGGAAGGGGCCCAUCACGCCAAUUUACCGUCGCUUCCUCUGGGCUAAAGGCAUCCCUUGGCACUCCAAGUUCUGUUCGACCUCCUACAUCUUCUCCUACUAUGCGAUUGCGUGCGCCAUGCCGCUGACCAUUGCGCUCACGCUGAUCCAAGGAUGGUUCGCACCGACACUCGACCUCGUCUUCCUUCAACCUUUCAAAGUCUUUGUCGCCAUCGUCGUCGUCUUCAACGGCCUCUGCAUGUUUGGUUUCGUCGCCGCCAAGUUCAGGAGCCGUCGCCAAAAGCUUUGGCCCGCCAUUCGAGAGCACGUGGUCUGGAUGCCCUUUAUGACCAUCUUCUUCACGGGUCUAUCCUACCAUGUCCUUACCGCCGUACUCUCGCACCCGGUAGGAUACAACAUGACGUGGGGCAGCACCAACAAGUCCCUCGAGCAGUCAAACUUCUUCGUCGAAGUUCCGGCCAUUUUCCGCCGCUACUGGAAGAUGAUCAUCGCCUGCGUUCUCACGAUCAUUGGCUUCGCCGUGCUCAAUUCGCCGGAGAUUGUGCCGCUGGAAUGGCAACUCAUUGGUGGAGCGACGCUGCUCUGGUGUCCAAUGUGGCUUGCUGGCAUGCACCUUGUUUAUCACGUUGCCCUCAAUCCGCAGCUCUUGCGCUUCAGCUUUUAG